UGCACGAUGCCGCCGUGAUCGUACGGCAUCGUACUUUUCCUGGUGACACGCGGUACGCAUCACGUGGCACCACACACUGCGUCCGCGCGCUCCUGGCCUCCUGCGGUGCGACCACGUCUGACAUCCCUCGCACCGACGCGUUGCACCGACCCGGGGGAGAAACGACGCCCGCCGACGACACCCGCACGCGACAACAAAUGCGUCAGUGAUUUCGUCGUUGGAUAUAUGCCCGGAGAAGUCCGAUAUGAGUAUAGACGGAAACACGUUCUCCGGGAGAAGAUGACCCCACGUCGUCGCGUCUUGGCAGGAAUUCGUCGUGCUAUUUUUGCCGCUGGUGUCCUGGCACUUAUUGUCCUGGCAUUGUCAGGCCAGGAUGGCACUAACACUCUGCAGCACGGGAAUUCGCUGGAGGACGCGAAUCUGACGCCGGAGGAGAAAAUAUUAGAGCAGAUUACGACAGCAGAAACUGAGCAACGUUUAAUAACCAGGCGAAAAUUUCUGGCAGAAAAAUGCGCCGAGGAGGGACUCGAUCGUCCUGGCAAUGACUCGCUUCACAGGCCGAACGCCUGGGAAUUUCUUGUAAAUAAAGAAUAUCAUCUUAUAUGGUGCAACGUUUUCAAAGCAGCAUCGACAUCAUGGAUGUAUAACUUUAAUUUACUUGCUGGAUACAGCCCACAAUUUUUGAAAGCCUCCAAGGCAGUGCCAGUCUCAUUAGCUAGACAAAGGUAUCCUAGGCACAGCGCAGAAGAACUAGCUAAAUAUUUAAAUGAUAGCAUCAGUUUUUUGAUAGUGCGACAUCCCUUCGAAAGGUUGCUCAGCGCUUAUCGAGAUAAAUUGGAGCACAGUCUGCCGCACACAUUUCACAGUAACCUCGGUGCACACAUAGUUUGGCACUACAGAGCAAGGGAUUCAAAGACGAAUACAAGACAAGGACCGCGAUAUCCCCUCUUUGAGGAAUUCGUGCGAUGGCUGUUAUGCCAAUGGAGAGCAGGGAACGAUCUCGACAUGCAUUGGACACCAGUUGUAAACUUCUGCACACCCUGCCAAGUGCGAUUCGACGUGAUAGCGAAAUUCGAGACAUUACAUAAUGACCAAGACUAUCUCAUAAAACAAGCUCAUGUGGGACACAUUAUCAAACCCGAGUGGAAAAAUCCUACUAAAGGCGUGCAAACCAAAGAUGUCAUAAAAAAUUAUUUUACACAAUUAUCCAAGACACAGAUCGAAGAGCUCUAUGAAAUGUUCAGGUAUGACUUCGUACUAUUCGAUUAUUCGCCAGACGAAUAUUUAGCAUUUGGUAGAGAUGAAAUCACUACACUAAUAUGUAAAAAAUGAACCUGACAUAUCUAUACUUGAGAUAUGUGAAUGGAAUGAGGCAUACGACACAACGAAAUCGUAGGUAGUUAAAUAAAUUUGAAGAGACAGGAAGUAUAAUAUUCGAUAUGUAUAUAGUGAUCAAUGCAUUUCUUAUAUGGGACUUCAAAAAUGAAAGGAUAUAUUCUGGUUUUGUAACUCACAUAUAAACUACGUUAUCAUAUUGAACAUUUUGAUAGCGCAUUAAAGUUUAUCGAAUUGUUAUAUUGAAAUAUAUUGGAAGAAAUAUAUUAGAAGAAUACAAUACAAAUUUAUGAUAAAUCAUCAUAAUGCAAAUAUGACGCGUACAGUUCGUUGAUUGCGUACUUAAAUUGUUAAAAUAAAUUAAAUUUUUACAAAUUUACUGCUUGAAGAAAGCUUUACUGGCAUAUAAAGCUUUCUGUUUAUUCCAAAUUUUCAUUCUUUCAAUUAUCUUCCGUUUUAAUAAUGUAUGAUAUAGUUUGAGUUAGGUUCUAUUAGUAAUAAAAGUUGCUAAGCCUUUAAAUAGAAAUGCAAUAUUGACAUAAGAAAAGUCUAGAUAAAUUCAAAGAAUUUUAGUACGUGAUACACGAGAUUUAAAAAGAAAUUUGUGAUUGUCUCAGUUUUGCAUAAAGCAAUAAGAGUAUCUAAUUAUAUCACCAAGUUGUCCUCGACAACUACACAAUAAUCUUUGUAAACAUAAAUGUAGUACCACUAUAACAAUGUAUAGUACUGCCUCAAGGAAACAUGGUGCAAAAUAUUACGAUAACUAACUUAUCACAUAACAUCACUUUAAGAUUCAAACAAUUUUGUAGAGUUGCGUUGCUUUGAGAAAUAAUAAAAUCGUAUAUUUCCGAGUAAUUAAAACAGUGAAUCAAUCAGCAGUUAUAUUUGCGUACGUUUCACAAUAGAAAUCGAUUAAAAUAAUUGGAUAUUUAAAGUUUUAAGUCUCAAAUAAAAUAUUUGUCUGCGUAAUCGCAAAAUUUAAAUUAAUUAAAUAAAUUCGAAUGAUGCAAAAAAUACGUCGACAUUACAAAUUUCUAUACUUGCAAAAUAAAACACAUUGUUGAAUAAAGAUUAUUUGUACGA